CUGUUAGGAACAAAGCUGCCAUGGGAUCCGCAAUAUCUAAUUGAAUCUUUGUCUGACUCGACGAUAUACAAUGCCUACUAUACGGUUGCUCACUUAUUGCAGCAAGGAUCGUUGGAUGGUAGUGUUAUUGGACCCGCAGGAAUAAAGGCAGAACAAAUGACCGAACCAGUGUGGGACUAUGUCUUCCUUGGGGGACCCUACGACGCUGCCACGAUGCCAGUACCGGAAGAAAAGUUGAAGGCGCUAAGGAAGGAGUUCCUAUAUUGGUACCCAAUAGACAUGCGAGUUUCUGGCAAAGAUCUUGUCCAAAAUCAUCUGACAUAUCUGCUGUACAAUCACGUGGCAAUAUGGCCAGAUCAGCCCGAAAUGUGGCCGAAGAGUAUUAGGGCGAAUGGACAUCUGCUCCUGAACAAUGAAAAGAUGUCGAAGAACACUGGUAACUUCAUGACUUUGAUAGAUGGAAUUGAAAAGUUCUCCGCUGAUGGAAUGCGACUCUCCCUUGCGGUGAGCCAUCAUUCACUCCAGUCUGAUACAGAUCAUUUUACGAUUGUUUCUCUCUCAGGAUGCUGGAGAUGCUGUUGA